AUGGAUGCGCUCUUCUCCCUACCUGUCCUUUCGCUAUUUCUCAUUCCUACGAUUUCCUCGUACAGCACAAGCCUCAACUUGUUAUUCUUCUUUAUGACAUGGUCGACCCUUGUGCUGUCGCAUCCUCCUCUCAGGGUUGAAUUGUUCGGUACCGUGGCCGUGCGACUCUUUUUUUACGUCUUUCCCUCUGUCCUCUUCUUCCUGUUUGACGUCUUGACACCCUCCGCAGCGGUGGUGAUCAAGGCGCAUGGAGAGUUUGGUCUCCCUGCCGGAAGCAAGCGCAGCAAAAUCCGAGCAAAGGACUUCAAAAUCGCGGGAUGGGCGCUGGCCAACCUUGCUUUGAGCAUCGCCGCGCAGGCCGCCAUUGAGGUCGUUCGCACCAAGGUGCUCGGAAUGCGCAGCGCUCUUAAAGUGUCCAUGAGACUGCCGAUGCCAUGGGAGAUUGUCAAGGAUUUGUUCCGAGGUUUGUUCGGGAGAGAGAUCCUCGCAUACGCUGUCCAUCGCUACGCCCUCCACUCCAAGCAAUAUAGUGUCGCAAAGUACCAUGAAUCAUGGUAUCAUUCACUGCGCGCACCGUUUCCCCUCACUGCGCACUAUGAUCACCCCAUCGCAUACCUCCUCGUUAACUUCAUCCCAACAUACGCGCCUGCCAUGCUCUUCCGCCUCCACAUGCUCACCUACCUCCUCUACCUGUCUAUAAUAUCCAUUGAGGAGACAUUCGCCUUCUCCGGGUACUCUGUGAUGCCGACGAGUUUCUUCCUGGGCGGCAUUGCGCGUCGCACGGAUGUGCAUUUGCUAAGUGGGGCGGAAGGGAAUUUCGGGCCUUGGGGUAUUCUGGACUGGAUGUGUGGGACGACUGUCGGCGAUGGUGAGGAUGGAACGGGUAGUGUUAUAGAUGAUGCGCAGAGUCAGCUUAGCGCUAGCCUGGGCCAGGAGGGGGAUAUCGAUGAGAAGAUUCGGAGGGCUGUGGAGGAGUCUACGAGAAGGUUUAGGGAUGGGAGUCGUCGUCGGUUGCGGAGAAGGCAGAGGGAUGAUUAA